AUGACCACCAAAACCGAAGCAGCAACCUACACACACGGCCACCACGCCUCAGUAAUCCGCAGCCACAGCGCGCGCACGGCCAAAAACAGCGUCUCCUUCCUCCUCCCAUACCUAAAGCCGAGCAUGAAAAUCCUCGACAUAGGCUGCGGUCCCGGAAGUAUCACCGUCGAUCUAGCCGAGUACGUACCCCAGGGUCAUGUAACGGGACUUGAACGCGCGGGUACGAUCUUGACGCAAGCUCGUGAAUUAGCAUCCGCACGAGGAGUGACGAAUAUCGAAUUCGUCGAAGGGGAUGGGAAUGGUCUCAAGUUUGACGAUGGGUCUUUUGACGUCGUGCUUUGUCAUCAGGUUUUGCAGCAUGUUGCCGACCCCGUGGGCAUACUGAAGGAGAUGAAUCGUGUUGCUAAGAGUGGCGGUAUUAUUGCCGCUCGUGAGGCGGACUAUGGGGUUUUCGCUUGGUACCCCGAAUUACCUGGACUCACGGAGUGGCAGGGGUUGUAUGAUCGGAUUGCGAGGUUUAAUGGCGGCGAGCCCAAUGCGGGGCGCUUCUUGCAUGUCUGGGGUAGAAAGGCGGGAUUGGACGAUGUGAGAUCUUCUGUUACGAAUUGGUGUUAUGCUAGUAAGGAGGAGAUUGCGUGGUGGAGUGGUAAUUGGCAGGAGCGGGCGUUGAAGAGCAGUUUCUCAUCGACGGCCUUGGAGGGGGGCCUGGCGACUGGGGAGGACUUGGAGAGGGUUUCAAAGUCUUGGAAGGAGUGGGGGGAGGAUCAGGAUGCUUGGUUGUCUAUUCCUAGUGCUGAGAUUUUGUCGUUUAAGAAAUAG